AUGUCCGAUGCCUUCCCGGCCUCAAACAGCCUGGGCAGGAAACGGAGGAGCGAUGGGCACCACCGGCUCUGCCAGAAUAAUCCAGAACUACCGGCGGGAGUCGAGUCCUUGCGGGACGCCGGGGAAGUGACACUUCCCGGGCUCGCCCCGGCCGCGCGCUCCAACUUCGCGGGCUGCGGCGGGCGGGUCCGCGAGCCCCGGGGCCGGCCCUCCUCUCGGACGCCGGGGCUCCGUCCCGCGACCCCUCGCCCCCCUCGCCGCCCGCCCGCCCGCCCGCCCGGCGGUCGCCAUCUUCCCGCGCGGCCCCGAGCCCGGCCGGCCCGCGCGCUCACCGUUCUGGCGGCGAGGCCCGUGCGCUUGUCCCACAGGAAGUCCGUGAUGGCGGCGGCGAUGCGGCCGGAGUCCCGGCACCCCCGCGGCGACGAAGUGCGGCUCCACCUCCCCCAGCCCCGGGACCCUGGGACGGCCCGCCCGCCCGCCCGCCUUCCACGUUCCCGUCCGUGCCGGGGCUCCGCUCCAGGCCGGCCGGCGCGCCAGGCUCCGUGCUGCCCGCCGCCCCCCGCGCCGCCGCCGCCGCCGCCCGCACGGUCCGCUCGGCGCCGCGCCGCCCCGCCCCCGCCCGGGGCCCGAUCGCUGCUGCCGCUGCUGCUUGGGGGGGGGGGCUCCCCAAUCCGGCCUCUCCGUGCCGCCGCCGCCGCCGCCGCCGGGAGCCUGCACGUCCUCACGCACGCGCGUCCUGCGUCACUUCCCAACUACGCUCGGAGCCCCGCCCCCCGCCGCCCCCCGCCGCCCCGCCCCGGGGACCCCGGCUUGGUGACGGCGCGCUCCGCGGGGCCUCUCAGCUCUCUCCGGGCCACGCCCUGCGCGCGCGCUUUCCCCGCCCGGCCUCCCGGGAGCCCGCCGCCCGCGCGGGACCACGCCCGGGCCGAGUCCCGGGCCGCCGCGGCUCCGCCGUGCCCGCGCCCGCCGCCAGGGGGCGCCCCGCCCGCGCCUCCCGCCCGCCCGCCCGCGCCCGCACACACCCCCUCGGAGCCCGCCGAGCCGCCGCCGCUGCCGGUGCUGCCGCCGGGGCUCCCGAGGGCCGCGAGCCCGCCAUGA